AUGGAUUUUGAACUUUGUUAUAUAAUGAUGAUGAUGUUUGGUAGAUUGGAAAGUGUGGGAAUGAAGAGAAAGGCAGGACAAGCAAAGAUAUUGGGGGCAGUGGUGUGUGUAGGUGGAGCAAUGCUGUUGUCAUUUUACCAUGGGCAUGGAGUGAUUGGGGAAUCAAGCAUUCAUUGGAAGUAUGCAGAUGACAUGGGGAAAGAAAACUCUACUAACCAUCAUCAUUCCAACAGCUUCAUCUUGGGCCCCUUUCUAAUCAUAGCUAGCACUGUCUCUUGGGCAAUUUGGUUCAUUAUCCAAGCAAGAAUGAGUGAGAAGUAUACAGCAUCAUGCACAAUAUCAGCAUUAAUAUGUAUAAUGGCGAGCAUUGAGUGUGGAAUCAUUGGUUUAUGCGCCGACCGUAACAUUUCUGCCCGGUCCCUCUCUCUUCCCGGAAUCAGACUCUUUUCAUCUCUUUACGCGGGAACUGUGUGUACUGCAGCAGCAUUUUGCCUAAUGUCAUGGUGUAUCCAAAGGAAAGGUCCUCUAUAUGUCUCUGUGUUCAGUCCCUUGCUGCUCAUUAUCGUGGCAAUUCUCAGUUUGGCUCUUCUUGAAGAAAAAUUAUAUGUUGGAACUGUUGUAGGGUCUGGAUUGAUAGUCAUGGGGCUCUAUGCAGUUCUUUGGGGAAAGAACGGAGAAAUGAAUGUAAAGAGCAAUGCUGAGUCGUUGAAUCCAGAAGAAGAAGAGGAGAAGCAAGAGGUAACGAAGAGUGACUUGGAAAUACAUUUUUUCGGGCAUUCAAAUGGCAAUUUUCGUACAGUCAGAAUCUAA